GCUGGCUGAACCUCUUCUGAAAUUAAUGAACUCACGCAGCAGCAACAACAACAACUCACUUCUUCGCCAGCUUCGUGUCGGACGUCGAACGAAGAGAACGCCGCUGUGUGGGAUUGAGAGUUAAUUGAACCAUGGGGAAAAAUCUAUCUCGUUUAUCGCUGCACAGACCCAUGAGUGAAAGUCAUGAAUCGUGCACAUCAGUAAUGGAUAGGGACAAACUGGAUAUUUCAGCUGAUCAUGACGAAGACUACAGUAGAAAUGGGGAUGUUUCUCAGUUUCCAUAUGUGGAGUUCACUGGUCGAGACAGUGUUACCUGUCCAACAUGUCAAGGAACAGGAAGAAUUCCAAGAGAUCAAGAAAACCAGCUCGUGGCCUUGAUUCCUUAUAGCGAUCAGAGAUUGAGACCAAGGCGAACGAAACUGUAUGUAACCUCAUCAGUGGUCCUUUGUUUGCUACUUUCUGGACUAGCAGUAUUUUUUCUCUUCCCACGAUCUAUUGAUGUGAGUUACGUUGGUGUGAAGUCCAUUUAUGUCAGUUAUGACCAAAUCCACCGGGUUGUUUAUCUCAACAUCACGAGCACUUUAAAUAUUACCAAUAACAACUUCUAUUCAGUAAAUGUUGCAAACAUUAGUGCUCAAGUGCAGUUUUCAAAAACAGUUAUUGGGAAAUCACGGAUAAGCAAUAUUACAAAAAUUGGACCUCUCGAUAUGAAACAGAUUGACUAUUCUGUUCAUACUGUAAUAGGAGACCAAAUGAGCUACAUGUAUGAUUACUGUACAUUGAUGUCAAUCAAAGUACAUAACAUUGUGAUUAUGAUGCAAGCAACUAUUACUACAUCCUACUUUGGGCAUACAGAACAGGUUUCACUUGAAAAGUAUCAGUAUGUGGACUGUGGAAGAAACACCACCUACCAUUACAAAAGAUCAGAAGAUCUCAACCUUGCACAACUACACAACUCACCUUGACUGAGUGUUUAAAGUACAGAAACAGUCAAUAACCAACAAACCAUUAAUAGAAUAAUUGGGCGCACUAGAUGUUCAAAAUAGUGUCUGAAGUUAAUUUGCUUUACGACUGAAAAAUGAUGACUAUAACUGUACAAACUGCUGCAUGAUGUCUGACUAUAUUAACUAAAUUUAAGUAAACUUGUUAUUUUAUUCACAUUUGAAGUUUGUUAUGCUGUAUGUUAAAGGAAAUAUUUCAACAGGUUUUUAUCAGGUGAACAACUUUUUCCAUAUUGUCCCUCAUUUGAUUAAGUGAACUGUCAUUGCAUUGACACAUUAUUUAAAUUAGCACAUUAAAUAUUAAUGAGGAAGACAUUGUAGAGAUUUACUCUGGUUCCGUUUAGUAUCCACAAUUGAUAGGGAUGCCAACUAUCAUAUUUUCACAUUUGAUUUUAAUUUUAACUGAAGAAUUGACUUAAAUUCACUGUGGAAGCAUAUUUGUCAGUUUUUGCCCUCUACAAGAAUGUGAUCUUGUCAUAAUUGAGGAAAGUUUCACUUUAAAACAUUUUAAACAUGGAUUCCAUGCAAGAAUAAUUGGCAUAAGACGCUUAGAUUUUUCCCUUUGUUGGCUCAAACUUUAUAAGUUGUCAUGUUAGACAAUCUGAUUUAAUGUCCAAAAUAUUACAUGAGAAUUGGAAUCAUUGUUCGAAUGAUUGUGUAAGAGUUCUUUGAGAAAAGUCAUGCAUCAGUUAGUUAAUUUAAGACCUACCCAGCUAUUACAUUUAUUGCUUACCAGACACACAAAAGUGCAUAGGUCUACUAUUUUAAUUGAAAUCUUUUUUGCCAUUAGUUACCUUUGUUUACUUAAUUGAAUAGUAAUCUAGAACAACUAAAUGAGAAGUUUAUAAUUUGUGAAAAUUGUUUAAACAGUCCUUUUUGUGAACAGGACAUAGUUUACCCUGUUUUAAUAGUUGGUCAAAGCAAGAUGUCCCAAGGCUUGUGACAUCUGAGUGUGCAGUUGCUUAUAAUGGUCAUUGAAACUUAUUAUUUAACUGACAUUUGCUGUUAUUUGUAAAUCCAAUGACAUUACUUCAGAAUUAUGCACUUUAAUGUUUAGAGGUCAGAUUGUGAGAAGAAUUGAAAAUUUAAAUCUGAAUAGCAGAACUUAGAAGCUUAAUUGGUAUCUGUGGUGAACUGACCAAAACUUGUAAAUUAUUGAUGUUUGGAUUGCAUAAAGUAAAUCAGCCACUUAGUGACUUGUUGAAUUUGUUUUACUCACAAAUAGAUCAAUGUAAUAAUGAAUAUCAGUAGAGUUUAAUUCGUUCUAUUUCUGCCUCAUUUAAGGUGUCCUUCCAUUUCCAACUUUUAUCUCUAAACUAGUUUUCGGAAGUUGAGACAAAUUGACGUUAGUAGAUCAUAUGCCUAUUAUACAGCCUGCCUGAUUUAUGUUAAUUUGAAUAAAAUUUUAAACAAAUGUGUGGUAAGCAACCAUCAACUAGCUCCACUGAAAUUAAGAUUAGUUCCUUUUUUUAAUGCUAGAUUGCAAUAUCAAGAAUUUUACUAACUCUUUUCAUUGGAAGCUGUUUUGUAGUAGACUUUGCAAAUUGAGACUUUUGUAAUCUUUGUAUGUUAACUAAGAUGAAAUCCUUCAGUCCUCUCAAUUAUUCUGGUUCCAUGUUGGGUUUUGAUAACUGAUGUCUAAACUGGUUCACAGCAAAAUAUUUAAACUGCAUUAACCAUUUUCUUAGUUACAGAUGUGAUUAUUUAUAAUUAAUGUUUUUAUGCCAGGUUUGUGAAUGAAUCACUUAGCUAGAUAUCACACUGUACUGUUGACACUGUGGUGGUACUUGUUUUUUUUGCACACGUUAAUGGUGGCACUCCAAAUGCUUGCAGAUGCCGCUGAAUUUCUAAAGUUCUGUUAAUAUCUCCCAAGCCUACCACUUUGAACUGAAAAUAUUGUGCUAAUAUAAAUGUGUGUUUUUACAAAGUUGACUCUUAAGAUUUCUGCAUUGGAAGGGGAUAUUUUACUUCCUUACUUAAAAUAAACUUUUUAAAGGUUGACUGGACUUUACUGAUCACCUUCAGAUUAAAGUGUUUCAUUAAGUGCAACAAAUAUUGAGGGUUUGAUAUUCUGAAUCUGUUGUAGCAGAUUCUUCAAGAUUUCAGUAUGAAGAGUUUAAGACUGAUGAUGAGGCAUUGUUAAACUUGUCACAGCUUAGAUUGAUGAAACAGUGUACAAUAUAACACUUUCAAGAAGACAAUAGAAAUUGAUGAAUUGCACUUUCUCCUGUUCCUCUAACUCUAACUCUAACUUAAAGGUCGAAGUGCAUGUCUUAAAUUCUGGGGCACUCGUGAUAUACUUGAAGCAGAAAGUUUAAAGCCACGGUUUACACCUUUUUCAUCUCAAUUUGAACUUUUCACACAUUUCACUUAACAGCACUUCUAUUCAAUAUCACUUGCCUAAUAUGUACAAUGCUUAGUAUUUCUCUCCAUCAUACCACAUGGUUUCAGUGGUUCCCCAUACCUUCCUGAUCUGAGUAGUUUGCUGUGAAUUAUGCACUAGGUACUUUUGGAGGUUGUAACUCUAAUCCUAUAUUCCUCUUGGACAAUGAACUUAUGAUAGUUGACACUCCAUUUUCACUGCUUCAGUAAAGUGAUAUGAUAACUAAUUUGUACAUUACCUAGAAACUAAUGAUCAUCUAAUUUAUACCAUUAAAUCCACUGAACCAUUUUAAUGUGCCAUUUUAAAUGUAUUUCUGCUGUGUGACAAAGAACUUGCUAAAUAAAAUAAAUGAAGUCUU